AUGCCGGUCUUCUACCCGCGACCCGAGGACAUGCGCGACGUUAUGGGCUACGUCGCGUCCAUCGCGCCCGCUGCCGCUGCCGCAGGAGUGGCCAAGAUCGUCCCGCCGCCCGGCUGGGCCCCACCGUUUGCUCUGGACUCGGCCGCCCUCUCCUUCCGCCCGCGCAUCCAGACGCUCAACACCAUGAACGGCGCCGUCCGUGAGGCCCUCAACUACGCAGACGGCCUGCUGCAGUACCACUUGCAGCAGGGCGCAGGCAUCACCCGUCUGCCCACCGUCCUCGGCGUUCCCAUCGACGUCCAUGCUCUCCGCAACGCCGUUGCCGCCGCCGGCGGCGCCGACGCCGUCGACGCCCUCCCGACCGGAUGGUACGAUAUUGCCUGCACCAUCGGCAUCGAAGGCCGCCAGCCCCUAGCCCUCAUCGAGGACUACGAGGCCUACCGCGCCGCCGCCCGUAUCGCCACAACAAGCUUCACCGCCGCGCCCGCCGCCACCCACUCAGAGGUGCCGGCCUGCGGCUUUUGCGAAUCACCACACGCAGAUUCGGACGCCCUCAUGGCAUGUGACGCGUGCGGCCUCGUACUGCACUUUUACUGCGUCCAGCCGGCCCUUCCCUGCCUGCCCGACACCGAGUACUGGCUCUGUCCGGCAUGCCUCGCCGGCGCAGGCCCCAAGUACGGCUUUGAGCAGGCUGAUCGAAACUACACUCUUCCCGAGUUUGAGGCCGCCGCCGCCAAGUUCAAGAUCCGUCAUCUGCCCGACCUCGCGGACACUGUUGAGCGCUCUGUGGCCACGGCCUGCUCACCGACAGCGUGGCGCCCGCCGCCGCGCCCGUCGACACCGCCGUCUGCUGACGAUCUUGCCAUCGAAAACUACGUCGAGCAAAAGUACUGGGACGCCGUUCAUGACCCGAUCCACCCCAUCGACACCAUGUACGGCGCCGACCUACCGGCCAUGGUCCACGGAUCGGGCUUCCCAGUCACUGCCUCUAAGAGCGCGUCGUUCAACCUCAACCGUGUCGCCCUCUCGCCGCAGUCGAUGUUCUCGUUCAUCGACCGCUACAUUUCCGGGUGCAUGUCGCCUUGGCUCUACGUCGGCAUGCUCUACUCUACCUUUUGCUGGCACAACGAGGACCACUACACGUACUCGCUCUCGUACCUGCACUGGGGGGAGACCAAGACCUGGUACGGCGUCCCGUCGUCGCAUGCAGACGCGUUUGAGGCCUGCAUGCGCGCCUCCAUGCCCGAGCUGUUUGAGGACUCCCCCGACUUGCUCUCCCACAUUGUCACCAUGCUCUCGCCGCAGACACUGCUCGAUGCCGGUGUCAAGGUCGUUGUCGGCCACCAGCGACCCGGCGAGUUCAUGGUCACCUUUCCGCGCGCCUACCACGGCGGCUUCUCGCACGGCUUCAACUUUGGCGAGGCCGCAAACUUUGCUCUCCCCGACUGGAUUCCCUACGGUGCCCUCUGCCUCACCCGCUACGCUUCGCUGGCCAAGCUCCCGGUCUUCUCGCAUGAGCGCCUCCUCUGCCGCAUCGCUCUCUUCUCGUCCCGUAUCGACGUGCUCGCCGGAGUCGCCCCGCACUUGCGUGCUCUCGUCGAGGCCGAACUGGACCGGCGUGCCGCCGCUGCUGCUGCUUACGACUUUAACGACGUGCUCGAUCUGGCUGCCACUGUGGCACCCGAGACCUACGUUGACCACCUCGCCCAUCUCCUCUCCUCCCGAAGCUUGAGCAAGUUGUGCAAAAACCGCCAGCUGGCGAGCAAGCGGCUCGUCAAAUCCCAGCUGUCCACAAUGGACUCGCGCAUGGCGCCGGCCAUCUCGCGUAUGGUCGGUGCCUCACCGGCUGAUCCGAGCCGGAAGCAAGACUUUCGCCCACCGCUCUGUGCCGUCUGUCACUCGUUCCUCUACCUCUCGUUUGCCCGCUGCACCUGUGGUGUUGUUUCGGUCUGUUGGGACCACGCUCCCGAUCUCGCUGCAGGCACACUGUGCUCGUGCCACACCCCGCAACUCGUCUUCGCCUUUAUGCAUUCGGAGGGCGUGCUACUUGAUCUCGUUGACGGCGUCGAGGCCAAGGUCACGGCUGCCUCGACCGCCCGCGAGCAUCUUCUUGUGCUGCUCGCCCGCGCCCGCAACGGCUCGGGCUUGCUCUCGGUCCCGUCGCUGCUUGGCACUGUCAAGGCUGCGUCGGCCUAUGAUGGCCUCCUCCUCAGCUCCGAAGUCAACGAGGUGUCCCGGCUCUGUAGCCUUGUCCACAGGCUCGAGACGCUCGGGUCGCGACUACCAUCGUCGCGCGACAGCCGAGGCUUGGCUGCCGUGGUCGGCGACAUCCCACUGGCCGCCAGCGACAUUGCAAACGCGCUGACUGCCUUUGAGGCGGUGUUUGAUCCUGCAACGCUGUCGCAUCCGGUCGACGCACUGCGCAAUGCUCUUGCUGCCUCGGACACCCUCGCCGAGCAAGCCGCCACGCUCGGGGCCAAUCCGUCGCUCGACUUUGCACGGGAGCUUAUUGACCGGGCCUGCCGCCUCGGUGUGGCAUCACGACCGCUCCUGGAGCUCGAAAACAGCGUUUGCGAGCUCACGUGGCUUGACAGCGUGAGAAACCAACCCGUGGCUCAGCUCGAGUGGCCCGAGUUGGUGACUGCGCGCGAUGGCUGCGUCCAGUCAUUCCCGCUCUUUUCCGCCCUUACCACCACCGCUCUCAUCGAGAACGCGCCCUCUUUCAGUGGCUCGCACUCGGACGAGGUCAACAAGGCCGAGGCCAGCCUCGAGGCAGCACUUGCCCACGGUGAGACCGCAUCAGAACGAGUGUCGGCCAUGCUCGGCACGCCGCUCGCCUUUGGCUCGCUCUCUGCGCUCCACGACUGGAUCUACGGGAGCGGCGUCCUACUUCCUGGCGAUGCACUUCUUGAGCCGACGCUCCUCCUCCUCCGCAAGACGCUUCUGCGGCCGGGCAAGUGGCAGCGCGCCGCCGAGGUGCUACUCUCCGGCGAGUCGAACACACCCGAGCCGUGCGAGCGCGCCGUCGAGCUCCUCGCCCGCGCCGCCAAGUCGCCAGUUGCAGUCGGCGAACAGGUGGAGGCACUCGACACCGCACUUGAUGCCACUGCCGUCCUCGAAGGAAGUGUCUUUGCUGCCUUUGGCGACGAGUGGCGCGUCGACAAGACCAGCCGACAGGCUGUCUCCUGCCGCCUCCUCGCCCACCAAAAGCCCAACGCUCGCAGGGUGACGGACUUGGUCAACGCCGUCUCCGUCGCUUGCGAGGCUGCCAAGGAGGCUGUCGAAACUAUCGAGGCCGGUGCCUCCAUCGCUGACGUCUACUGCCUCUGUCGUGGACCAGAAGAAGGGCAGAUGGUUCUGUGCGACGUGUGCGCCGAGUGGUUCCACGUCCAAUGUGUCGGCUGGGAGCCGUCGCCAUCGCCGGCAGCCGAGCUCGUGGCCGGCGACAAGCGAGCUCACAGCCAAACCGACGAGACCUCUCACGAUACGUCCCUCUCGUUUGCUUGCCCGCUUUGUACCUGGGACAAGCGCAUCUGGCGGCACCAUUGGUCCGGGCGGCCGAGCCUCGAGCAGGUCCGUGCACUCGCAGCCUCACUGGAUGCGGCGGCCGCCGCGCGAGGACAGGCACUCCGCCUCACAUCACUCCACGCCCGACUGGUGCGGAUUGUCGAUUGCGUUGAUGCCUGGGCCACACAUGCGCGCGCCGCACUGGCCGCAGCUCCUCCACCAGACCUCGAUGAGACCAAGCGGUUGUACCGUAUCGGCCUCUCGAUGGAGGUUGCAGAUGAGGCAGUCGAGGCCGCGCUGGCACAGGCGAUCGAGGUUGGCAACUCUGCCCUGCUCCCGCCAGCCACUCUCUACUGCACCUGCCGCGAGCCGUGGGACGAGUCGCGCGAAAUGAUCGGUUGCGACGGGUGCCAGGACUGGUUUCACUCUGAAUGCGUCGCCGGCGGCAUCGUCGCCGGCGAACGGUUCUUCUGUACGCUGGCGUGCGAGGCCACCGCCGCGGCGCCACCGGCCAAGAAGGCCAAACUUCUCGUGUAAAGUGCAGCUCUCACCAGCACCUGCAGCAUCGUGAGCAUGUUCUACCUCGGUCACCUGCCCGCGAACCCCAGUCAGAGCGCGAGCUCGAGUCGGUCCGGAGACCCGACGCCCUCGGUCGCGAGCUCUUGAAGCGACGCAGAUGGUCAGUGUCGGACACGGCAUCCGACUCGCGCGACGAUGCUGACGGCGUCUCGGAACGGCUGUCACUCGAGCGAAUUCGAACCAUGCUACGGAGGGGGGUGAGGGGUGAGGUGGGGUGGUGGAUAACUAUGGGGCGCGCUGCCGUUCUGCGCGCGCCCUGCCGCCGAGCAGCGGGUACAUGUGUGAUUUCAAUCUCUCGCUCAGCGGACAAGCGAGGCGUUGAGCGAGGCGUUGAGCGAGGCGUUG